AUGAAGAAGAUCGCUCAGAUCGGUCUUAUUCGUUAUCGGGAUCUCCGUAUUUGGGCCCGAGCUGCCGUGUCAGCAGAUUUGGUAGCUAUGGGGGCGGUAUUCACCGACCAAGAGGACUUGCUUCUACCUCUUAUGAUGAGUACUACCAAGUACCAGACGAGUAUUACGACUAUCGGGGACGAUGUCCAAGGCCAGGGGCCAAUGCCGCGUAUGAUCAGAUGGACGAUGCGUUUCAUCGUUCCACCCCAAGACGGACAGCUCGAAGGUAGGGUACCGUCUAGAACUAAGACAAUGAGUAUGGGUGAAGAAUUUUGGCUAGAAGAUAGAGGAGCAUCGCAGGUGCAGCCAAGGAUAGCCAAGCAACGUCGAGGCGAGAGGCUAUGGACAAGAUGUGAUCUUGUUGCAAGUUGA